AUGAACAUUUUAGACAUUUCACAAUCAUAUCAACCAUCGAAAUUCAUCAUUGUCACAGAGGCCACUGACUCUCCAUCUCUUGCAGCAUAUAUCAAGCAAUUAGUCGCUCCUCCACCAGAUAAGACAAUCAUUCGCUGGUUCAAAUCCUUGGCAACUGCAGUACAAGCAAUACACAGUUCACCUUUGAAAAUUUCUCAUGGACAAAUCUCAUUGCACAACGUUUAUUUUAGAACCUCUCCAUCUAACAUUAAACUCGGUCUACCGAUUUCAAACCUAAGCUUAAGAUAUGUCACAAAUCAAUCAAUCAAUUACAGCAGCAUACAAGUUAAUUACGAGAUGUCUUCAAGGAGAGGCUUUCAGAAUCAACAUUGA